ACUUGGAUUUAAAACACAAAAGAAAUCAUGUUGCGAAAACAUUUAAACCAUUAAAAGUAUAAUUUCAAUUGUGAUAGUGUGUAAUUAACAUCGAGUUAUGUUAUUGAUGAGAAAACAUUGAAAGAACCUAAAAAUUCUAUGUUUUACUUUUUAAUUGAAUAUACACUUUGUAAAUAUGGAUAGUUAUAUCGUUAUUUCUUUUAUCGGAGAAGGUUCUUUUGGUCGUGUAUUUAAGGCCAAACACAAAGAAUCCGAUGCAAUAGUAGCUCUAAAAGUUAUAAGAAAGAAAGGGCGGUCGCCGAAAGAUUUGAAAAAUUUGAGACAAGAAUGUGAUAUUCAGCGGCAACUAAAUCAUCCUAACAUAAUAAGGAUGAUUGAUAGUUUUGACACAGAAUCCGAGUUAGUUGUUGUGACAGAAUAUGCUGAGAAAGAACUACACAGCAUACUUGCUAAAGAAGGAUGUUUAAAUGAAGAACAGGUUAAGAAAAUAACCUGGGAUUUAGUAUCAGCACUAUAUUACUUACAUUCUCAUAGAGUUUUACAUAGAGAUCUAAAGCCUCAGAAUGUACUACUGGACAGUUCUGGCCGAGCAAAGCUGUGUGACUUUGGCUUAGCUCGCAUUAUGACUAAUGCUACACAUAUUCUGACCUCAAUCAAAGGAACUCCACUUUAUAUGGCCCCAGAGUUAAUUGAUGAGAAACCAUAUGACCAUCAGGCAGAUCUAUGGUCAUUAGGUUGUAUUGUGUAUGAGCUGAUGGCUGGACAGCCGCCAUUUUGCACAAUGUCCAUUUGGCAGCUUGUCCGCAUGAUUCGACACAAACCUGUACAAUGGCCUAGUUUUAUCAGCAUGGAAGCCCGAUCAUUUUUACAGGGUUUAUUGCAUAAAGAUCCUGGUAAAAGAAUGAGUUGGCCUGAAAUUUUGGAGCAUCCAUUUGUAUUAGGACACAUACUUAUACUGCCUGAGGAUGUCCAAAGUGAAUCACCAUUUACUAAACCAUUAACACAUAGCCAGCAAGAGGCAAAACAACUACAAAGAGAUAAAAUAAGCAGUAAUACAAAAAAUACAAAAUCUGAAACCGAGGCAAUCAAAAUAGGAAGAGAACAUGACUUACGCAAUGUUAAAGGUGUGAUGCAAGCUAUGGAGUGUGUACCAAUGUCUGAUGAUGACAGUGUCCGAGCAACAAGUGCCUUUAGUGUUCGUGAUAGUCUUAAAACUGAUGAUGAAGACCAAUCUCAACCAAUCACUGCUGUUAAUGCUAAACUGUUACGUCACGAAUUCAAUGUGAUGAAUAACUCGAAUCUGGUCGUUUGCAAUCUAGAAAGGAAUAUGGCUCAAUUAAUGACAGUAAAUCCGAAACAUGAAAUGCACAAAAUAGAAGAAGAAAAACCUGAUUUGAAUAAGAUGGAUGAAAUCGAAAUUGUUAAUGAUGCAGAAGAUAUACCUGAGGUUAAACAGAAAGCAAAAUCUGGAGAUACAGCUUCCCAUAGCCUUGAGAAUCCUAAAAGUUCGACAAAAUGCAGCAGUGAUGUUAGUUCGGGUUUAAGUAAAAGUGUACCGCCGUCUUAUAAACAGAAAAUAUUGCAAUUCUCAAGAGAUAAACUUAGAUUUGGUAGUGGAGGUAACAGAUUAACAAGAAGUAUAAAAAGAUCAUUCCAUUUUAGUAGAAGUUUUGAUAAAAAGUCUGAAGGACGUCGUACUAGUGAACCGAAUUUAGAAGUUUCUAGUAUAGAUAAAGACAAAGUAAUCAGCUCUAAAGAAGAUAAAGAUGAAGAUGUUGAGAAGAAUGAAGUUAUAGAGGAAACAGAAGAUGUUAUUGAAGUUGCUGAUAAUGAUAGCGUUCUUAAGAAUGACAAAAAUCUGGAAGUGAAAGAGCCUUCUACAAUGGAAUUAGAAGAAUGGGAAGCAUUUCUCAAUUCCAACAUAACUGAGGUCAUGGAUGGAGAUGUAGAAUCACUAACACAACUGAACAUGGUGAGCAUGGUGGUGGGCGUGGUGGGCGUGGCGGCGCGCGGCGGGCGCGGGCGCGGGGCGCGCGUGUGCGGCGCGGUGGCGGCGCUGCUGGCGCUGCCCGCGCUCGCGCACCACCUGCCGCGCCACACGCUGCUCACUAUACAGGAUGUAUAUUUAGAAGCUAAGGUAGUAUAUAAUUUCGUGGCCGCUAUAAAUUCGUUGAUGAAAGACUGGACUGAUGACGACAAUGAAGCCGAAGACAGAGUGCAGGGCGCGGGGCGCAUGGUGGAGGUGUGCGCGUGGCUGUGCGUGCGCCGCGCCCGCGCCGCGCGCCACCUCGCCGCCGCGCUCGCCGCGCACGCCGCGCACCCGGUCUUCACCGCGCUCCUCACACUCUCUUCAAGAUCUCCGCGUAUAGUUCAAAACACAGUCGGCCUACUGAUCACUAUCCUCCAAGAUCUUCCGGAACACGCCGAUGUUGUGGAGAAGAUAUUAUUCGAUGACGCGUCUUUUAACUUCAUGGUCCUUCUAGAACAGCCUAGCGAUGCUCUCAGAAUGAGAGUCUGCAUACUUAUCAGUCUUUUGUGUACUUUCUCUUGCACCGCGUUCUCAGCGGCCAUGGAGUCCAAGUGGAGUAAGAAAGAGAGUGAAUGUUUAGAGUCGUUGCACACUCACUGCAACACGACUCUCAACAGAGCGGCGCGAUUGGCUACUAAAGAAUUGAAUAAUAUGCCCUUUUAUGUUAGCUGAUCGAGAACAUAUUUCUAUUAUUGAUAAAUUCUUUUUGUUUAUGAUACUCAAAGAACAUGGUUUUUUAUUACUAAAAAAUUAAGAUUAUGCAUGCUUUAGGAAUAUUACUAUCUCGCUCAUUAAAUAAAAAACAUCUGAAGUAAUAUAAGUUUUAAUGUGGCUUGAAUCUAGUAUUUUACAAGAGAAUCGAAUUAAAAAAUUACUGCCAAUACAAGCACAAUACAAUUUUGAUGUUGAUAUUAAAUUAUUUUUUUAAUUUAAUGUGUUUUUUGAUCUGACGGACGCGCUUAAUGUUAUAUAAGUGAUUUAAAAUAUUAUACAGUGCCAUAAAUAAAUGAUAUGUACAAUUUUAA